GGAAGGGGCAGGUCUUGCUAAGAUGGCGGCGGUGGGGGUGCUGGAGUCAGACCUGCCAAGUGCCGUGACACUUUUGAAAAACCUCCAAGAGCAAGUGAUGGCUGUAACUGCACAAGUGCAAGCAUUGACAAAAAAAGUUCAAGCUGGAGCCUAUCCUACAGAGAAGGGUCUCAGCUUCUUAGAAGUGAAAGAUCAGCUGCUGCUCAUGUACCUUAUGGAUUUGAGCCACCUCAUCCUCGACAAAGCAUCAGGAGGGUCUCUUCAGGGACAUGCUGCAGUUUUGAGGCUGGUAGAGAUUCGCACGGUUUUGGAAAAGCUUCGUCCUUUGGACCAAAAAUUGAAGUAUCAAAUUGACAAAUUGGUCAAGACUGCAGUGACAGGCAGCCUCAGUAAAAAUGACCCACUUCGUUUUAAGCCUCAUCCCAGCAAUAUGAUGAGCAAGUUGAGCUCUGAGGAUGACGAGGAAGUUGAAGCAGAGGAUGAGGCUUCAGGAAAGAAAUCUGUAAAAGGAGUACCUAAGAAAUAUGUUCCACCACGCUUGGUUCCAGUACAUUAUGAUGAAACAGAAGCUGAGCGGGAGAAGAAGCGUCUGGAACAAGCCAAGAGACGGGCAUUGAGUAGCUCUGUCAUUCGUGAACUUAAGGAGCAGUACUCAGAUGCUCCAGAGGAAAUCCAUGAUGCUCGGCAUCCGCAUGUCACUCGCCAGAGCCAGGAGGACCAGCACAGGAUUAACUAUGAGGAGAGCAUGAUGGUGCGUUUAAGUGUCAGUAAGAGGGAGAAAGGACGGCGAAAACGAGCAAAUCUCAUGAGCUCACAACUUCAUUCCCUCACGCACUUCAGUGACAUCAGUGCUUUGACAGGAGGAACUGCUCAUCUUGAAGAGGAUCAGAAUCCUAUUAAAAAGCGGAAGAAGAUACCUAAGAAAGGCCGGAAGAAAAAAGGUUUUCGGAGGCGGCGGUGAUUAUGGGUGUACAUGUUUAUAUAUUUUUUGUCGUCCUAGGAACUGUAUGUAGAUUUUUUUCCCUUGGAAUUAUUGUUUGCUUUGGACAUGUGAAAAGAUCUUUAUUAAUAAAAUUGUUUGCACUUAUGAAUUAAAGCCCC